AUGAUGUUAAGUAGAAAACAUGGAUUGUUCCAUAAUCUAUGCAUACGUUGUUGUUUUUUUUUCAUCUAUACAAGACUGAUUCAUCGAAAACAUUGUCUACUUCAUUUCUGUUUUCUCUUCAACACUCUUUCAAAUGAAAAAUUUGCAAUUGAAUGCGAACUAUCUGACACGGUAAGAACAAUAAAAGAAAAAAUAGCAGCAAAAGAUCUCAAGGAUAAAUAUGAGGCUGAUGCGGUUAAAUUGAUUUUUUCGGGAAAGAUUCUCGAAGAUUCGAAAACAUUGGAAUUUUAUUCAAUCACUUCAGACAGCUUUCUUGUUGUUGUCAAACAAGCACCAACUAAACCUCAAGCAGGAAGUGCUGCUGCUGCUGCUGCACCCAGCAAUCCUUCGGGAGCUGCGAGUGCACAAACUCGUACACCUACUGUUGCAACACCAACACCAGCUCCUGCCGCUCCACAACAACAGCCAACUCGACCAGCUCCAGCAAGUGGAACUACACCUGCUGCUUCUCAAGAUUCAUUCUUAUCUGCUGAAUCACGAGAAAAAGCUCUACGUGAAUUGACUGAUAUGGGCUUCGACCGGGCACAAGCCGAGCUUGCCCUACGUGCUAGUUUUUAUCAUGUGGAACGUGCCGCCGAGUAUUUGAUUACAGGUAACAUUCCUAACAUCAGCGAACCGUCAGCAGCAAACCCAGAAGGUGGAUCUGGACAAACUCCAAGUGGUUCAGAAAGUUCAACAGGUGGCCGACGAGGCGGUGAAGACGAUCUAGUUGAAUUAAGUCAAAGUCCACAAUUUCAAGCGCUUCGUCAGUUGAUUCAACAAAAUCCUGACCAACUUCAAACAUUGAUGCAAACAUUACAAGCCACACAGCCAGAAUUAUUUCAAUUGAUUGAGCAACGACCGCAAGAAUUUCUUGAAUUAUUAAACCAAGCUGAUGAAGGCGACGAUGGAGGUGAUGACGAUGAUGCAUCGCAGGGCGGUGUUGGUGCCGGAGUUGCUGGUGGUCAAGGUCCACCUGGUACCGUGACUAUUACACUAUCACCUCAAGAUCAACAAGCAAUAAACAGAUUACAAGAUAUGGGUUUCGAACGUAACCGAGUUAUCGAAGCGUUUCUUGCUUGUGAUCGUAACGAAGAAUUGGCGGCUAAUUAUCUUUUGAGCAGUUUCGAUUAA